AUGCUGACAGUGAACGCGAAAGAAAGGGUUGACCCUCUUGAAUUCCAAGAAAAAAAACUGUUUAAGUUUAUAUUAAAUCGCGCACUGAUUUCUCAGCAAGUCCAGGGCGCGAUGGAGAACAUGUUUAAGAUGACCAGCGAGAUUGAUGAGAACUCUGCCGGAAUUUCGGAGGAGAUCGAGAAGUGCAAGGAAUCUGCUAUCGAGAAGAAGAAAGACUUAGAGGAGGUCAGAGAGCAAGUCGAAAAAGCUGCUUACGCCGUCUUGGAGUUGCUCAACAACCGAGCAUAGAAUGCACAGAUGCUGUAAGUUCUUGAAUCUUCAUA